CUCUAAUGAAUAGGGAAGCAUAUGAUAGAGGAAAUAGAACGUCACAAAAGAACAAUGAAACCACGUGUAUUGGUUACAAGUAACGAUGUACCAACAGCUGGCAUAGAUCUUUUGCGGACAAAAUGCGAUGUCACAAUCAUUCAGACGGCUAUGCCUAAUCGGGAAGAUGUAUUGCAAGUUCUUCCUGGUCAUGAUGCUAUCUUUGUUGCUGGGCAUAUCGUUAUAAAUAGCGAUUUUCUUAAUAAUGCAGGAUCGUCUCUAAAAGUCGUCUCAACAAUGUCAGCCGGCUAUGACCAUUUGGAUGUUCCCGAAAUUAAAAGAAGAGGUAUCAAAGUCGGUCAUACUCCUAUGGUUUUAUCAGCUGCAGUUGCAGAAAUUGCAGUACUUCUGACAUUAAAUGCAGCAAGACGAACUCAUGAAGGACGUCUAAAACUUGAACAAGGACAAGUGGCAAGAUCUUUGCAAUGGUUACUUGGUCAAGAGUUAAGAGGAUCAACAGUUGGCAUUGUUGGUUUGGGCAAUAUUGGACAAGCUAUUGUUAAACGACUGAAAGGGUUCGAUGUAGAUCGUUUCGUUUAUACCGGACAUUCUCGUAAAAAAGCAGGGGAUGAACUUGGAGCGCAUUAUGUGUCUCUUGAUGACCUUCUUGCACAAAGUGAUUUCGUAAUUGUUGCUGUCCCCCUAAAUAAUGAAACCAGAGGAUUGUUUAACGAUGAUACUUUUAGUAAAAUGAAAAGAAACGCGGUAUUUGUAAACAUUGCCCGUGGGCAAAUCGUAAAGACAGAUGCCUUGAUUAGAGCAUUGCGUAAUAACACAAUUUUUGCGGCGGGUCUUGAUGUUACGGAUCCUGAACCACUGCCUCCCGAUCACGAACUUCUUAAACUUCCCAAUGCUGUGGUCAUACCUCAUUUGGGCAGUGCUACUACGAAGACACGAAAUGAUAUGUCUCUUACUGCAGCACAAAACAUUCUCAAUGGAUUAGAGGGUAAGCCACUGAUAUAUGAAUUGUAACUAAUAUGUUCUAUUGCAUGUAUGAAGUAUAAACUUUUAUUACAUAA